AUGGUAACUAUAUUAUUACAGGGUAAGGAAAAAUUACAUAUUAACGUUGUCGUUAUUGGUCACGUCGAUUCUGGUAAAUCUACCACCACCGGUCACUUAAUCUACAAGUGCGGUGGUAUCGACAAGAGAACUAUUGAGAAGUUUGAAAAGGAAGCCGCCGAAAUGGGAAAAGGUUCCUUCAAGUAUGCUUGGGUUUUGGACAAGCUUAAAGCUGAAAGAGAAAGAGGUAUUACCAUUGAUAUCGCUUUGUGGAAGUUUGAGACUCCAAAGUAUCAUGUUACCGUCAUUGAUGCCCCAGGUCACAGAGAUUUCAUUAAGAAUAUGAUCACUGGUACCUCCCAGGCUGACUGUGCCAUCUUGAUUAUUGCUGGUGGUGUUGGUGAGUUUGAGGCUGGUAUUUCUAAGGAUGGUCAGACCAGAGAGCAUGCCUUGUUAGCCCAUACUUUGGGUGUCCAGCAAUUGAUUGUUGCUGUCAACAAGAUGGACUCUGUCAAAUGGUCCGAGGACAGAUUUGAAGAGAUUAAGAAGGAAGUGUCCAACUUCAUCAAAAAGGUUGGUUACAACCCAAAGAAGGUUCCAUUCGUCCCAAUUUCGGGUUGGAAUGGUGAUAAUAUGAUCGAGCCUUCUCCUAACUGCCCAUGGUACAAGGGAUGGGUUAAGGAAGGAAAGUCCGGUGUUGUUAAGGGCAAGACCUUGUUGGAGGCUAUUGACGCCGUCGAGCCACCUUCGAGACCAACCGGUAAGCCAUUGAGAUUGCCAUUGCAAGAUGUCUACAAGAUCGGUGGUGUUGGUACCGUUCCAGUCGGAAGAGUUGAGACCGGUAUUAUUAAGGCAGGUCAGACCGUUGUCUUUGCACCAGUCGGUGUCACCUCUGAGGUUAAGUCCGUUGAGAUGCAUCAUGAAACUUUGGUUGAAGGUGUUCCAGGUGAUAACGUUGGAUUCAACGUUAAGAAUGUCUCUGUUAAGGAGAUCAAGAGAGGUUAUGUUGCCGGUGAUGCCAAGGACGACCCACCAAAGGGUGCUGCUUCUUUCACGGCUCAGGUGAUUAUCUUGAACCAUCCAGGUCACAUCCAGGCUGGUUACUCUCCAGUUGUUGAUUGCCAUACUGCUCAUAUUGCCUGCAGGUUCGAUGAGUUACUCCAGAAGAUUGAUAGAAGAACUGGUAAGGUGACUGAAGAUCACCCUAAGUUUGUCAAGAGAGGUGAUGCCGCUAUGGUUAAAAUGGUUCCAAGUAAGCCUAUGGUUGUUGAGGCCUUUACCGAUUACCCACCUUUGGGAAGAUUUGCUGUUAGAGAUAUGAGACAGACUGUUGCUGUCGGUGUUGUCAAGUCCGUUGAGAAGACUGAUAAGUUUGCCGUUGCUGCUGCCAAGGCUAAGAAAUAA